AUGGCGCAACGCGAGGGCAGCAGCGCGGCGUUGGUCGCGUUCAUUCGCCGCCUGGGCCGCCGCCCCGGGGGGGCUUGGGAGGUCCCGCGCGUUCCGCCCGGGCCGGGGGCGGGCGAUCCCGCGCAAAGCCCUCCGGAACCCCGCGGGGGGAAGCCGGCCGAGCGCCCGCGCGAGGAGGGUAUGCGUGGCGGGGCGCUGCCUUGUUUUUCGGGCGCGGGGGCUGCCUCGCCGCUGGCUGGCGAGAAGCGCCCCCGGGAGAACCCCGCCUGCCGCGGGCCGCUCCCGCACCCUCCCGUCGCGGGAAGCUAG